AUGGAUCAAAUUAGAUUCAUAUUAAUUCUCGCUUGGAUAAGUGGUUAUAACACAAUAACAAAAACGUAUGAUUGGAAUGUAAAACAGUCAUUAACAAGAGAAGAAAAUGCUGUCCUGACAUCAUGUGACUUCAACAACAACAACGUUCCUUUUUGCCAAUUUCGGCAAGACGUUGACGAUGACAGCGAUUGGACCCGCCAUCGCGGACCAACACCCACCAAUGGCACCGGACCAGAAGGGGACUACCCCAGUGGCGAUGGUUACUACAUUUACCAUGAGUGUGACAAUGUGGCUAGUAGACAGAAAGCUCGCCUGAUCAGUCCUGCAAUCCACAGCAGUUUGCCUCAAAUAUGUGUUCAGUUCUGGUACUAUAUGUACGGUAGUGACCACCUCAACCAUCUAGCUGUUCUGGUCCGUGACUCUGGCACAGAGGAGAAGGUCUGGGAGAAAGUGGGUUUCCAGAGUCCUUCUUGGCUCGGAGCUGAUUUGACCGUGACGACACCUGUUGGCCAGACUGUCAAUAUUGUGUUUGAGGCUAUGAGAGGGACCACGUCAUCCUGUGACACAGCUCUAGACAACAUAAUUAUCAGUGAAGGAGCUUGCCCUGGCUGUUUGUCAGAAUGUGACUUUGACACCUUCGAUGACUUGUGUGGCUGGACUACUGAAGCACCAGCAGAAAUCUUUGGCUGGGAGCAGUGGCCUGGGUCCACAGAAACAGAGGGAACUGGGCCAGAUGACGACUACUCCAAGCCCGGGCUUGGCCUAUACCUACUGUUGGACUCGAGUUAUGCCAAGAAAAGAGCGGCAGCAGAGCUCUUAAGCCCUGCCAUUUCCUCAGCAGGCUGUCUGCAGCUCUCUUUCCACUACUACAUGUAUGGUACUGCCACCACAAUGACAAUCAAUGUCUACGCUAUCCCUGCGGUGGAAUGUCCCCCCAACUCUCAGUACAUUCAAUGCGGACCAGCAUGCAUCCCAAGCUGCCAGGAACCAUCCAGCAACUGCAGCGGGUCUUGCAUCAGCGGCUGCUUCUGUGACCCAGGCUAUGUGUACCGCGGAAAACGCUGCGUGCCCCUUCACGAGUGUGGCUGUUUAGACGAGCAUGACAACUAUUAUGAGCACCGUCUCUUCUGUCUCUUUUUCGUGACGUUCCAACUACAGUCGGGAGAGAUUGUCUUUGGUGACGGCUGCUCCAAGCUUUGCCGCUGUGCUGGAAACUACACACUCAGCUGUGUGGACAACUCCUGUAUUCCCACGGAGGAGUGUCGAGAGGUCAAUGGCCUGUCCAGCUGCUACCCCAAAGACACGUCCACCUGCAUAGUGUUAGGUGACCCGCACUAUACCACGUUUGAUCGACGUUACUACAACUUCAUGGGCAACUGCAGCUACCUGUUGGCCAAGCCAUGCAACACCACCUUGGACCCACCCUUCGCAGUGUAUGCCGACAACGAGAACCGCUAUAAUGUCCUGUCCGUCAGCUACCUGAAAGCUGUGCAUGUACACACCCUGGGAGUUGUCGUGUCGAUCUUGAAGGGUGGAGUGAUACAGGUGAAUGGGACCACAGUAAACCUGCCUGCCAACCCGGCACAGGGACUGUCUGUCUUCAAGCAGGGGACACUCUACACAGUGGUGGCAGAUUUUGGGGUGACUGUGCGCUAUGAUGGCAACCACUACAUGGACAUCAAAGUUACCAACGACUACAAGAAUGUUCUUUGUGGUCUGUGUGGUGACUACAAUGCAAACCCCAAUGAUGACUUCCGUACUCCCUCUGGUCAACUCGUCACAGAUGCCAACGAGUUUGGCCACAGCUGGAAUUCUGAUCCUAACUGCAACAAGAAACCCAAUGAGACCAUCCCUGAAUGCACAGACAACGAGCAGGAUGUGUUCCAGAGUCCAGCAUAUUGUGGAAUCUUGCUGGACGACAAGGGACCAUUCGCUGUCUGUCACCCAAGGGUCAACCCCAAUAAAUUCUUCAAAGAUUGUCUGUUUGACCUCUGCGCUCUGGGUGGAGCUCAGUCAUCAUUGUGUGAGGCUCUGGAGUCCUACGUCAAGGAGUGCCAGGACCGAGGAGUUGAUGUGGGGCCCUGGAGGAAUAGUACCUUCUGUCCUCUACGCUGCCCCCCCAACAGCCACUAUGAGGUGUGUGCCCCCGUCUGCCCUCCAUCCUGCACCCCUCCCAGUCCAGAGCAGUGCAACAACCCAUGCGCAGAGGGAUGCGUUUGCGACCCAGGAUACGUCUACAGCUCAGGGCAGUGUGUCAAACGAGAGACCUGUGGCUCCCUGUACAAUGGGCAGUACUACCAGUCAGGAGAAGAAUUCUACACCGAGGGCUGUCAGUCAAGAUGCAAGUGUGAGGGUGGUGUUGUGACUUGCACAGAAGGUUCAUGCCCUCCACAACACAUCUGUGAGCUUCAGAAUGGACAGCUUGGCUGCUACCCCAUAAGUACAGAGGACUGCAUCAUAUCUGGAGACCCACACUAUACCACCUGCGGCCUUUUGUACACCACCUUUGAUGGAAAAUACUACACUUUCAUGGGAACCUGCACCUACACCUUGGCCAGGAGUUGCCAGAAUAAGACAGGGCCCUGGUUCACAGUGGAGGCCAAGAAUGAAGAAAGGGGAGUAGCAGGUGUCUCAUACCUGCGCAAAUUGUAUGUGACUGUCAAUGGAGUCACAGUCACGAUGAUGAAGAGCAGGAGGACAUUGGUGAACGGACUGCAGGUCUCCCUGCCUCACUCGCCCUCUCCAUUCAUCUCUCUCUCCCUGGCUGGUCAAUAUGUCACCCUGCAGACCACCUUUGGUCUGACUGUGCGCUGGGAUGGAAACCACUAUGCUCAAAUCUCUGUCCCCAGCUCCUACUCUGAGCAAAUGUGUGGUCUCUGUGGAGACUACGAUGGAAACUCCAACAACGACUUCAAAAAGCCAGGUGGUGCAUUAGCUGGUAACUCGGAUGAGUUUGGCAACAGUUGGCAAACAGAAGAGGAUGAAGAUGACAGGUGUGAGUCUGACAACAAACCUGACCCCCCUUGUGACCCCAGCCUGGAAGCAGAGGUUUCCAAACCAGAGAAAUGUGGGAAGCUGAAUGACACUCAGGGACCGUUUAGGGACUGCAUAAAGGUGGUGGACCCCCGGACCUACUUCCUCAGCUGUGUACAUGACAUGUGUCGUUACGACGGACUUCUACAGACCUUGUGUGACCAGUUGCAGGCAUACACAGAUGCUUGUGUGAGUGCUGGAGCCCCAGUCCACCAGUGGAGGGACCCGGACUUCUGUCCUCUGCCAUGCCCACCCAACAGCCACUACUCCCUGUGUGUGAGCUGUCCGGAGACCUGCGUGGGACCGAAUGUAGGAGGGCCAGGUUGUGUAGAGCGCUGUGUGGAGGGAUGCCAGUGUAAUCCCGGAUUUGUUCUCAGCAACGAUCGCUGUGUCCCUCUCAAAGACUGCGGCUGUGUGGACCCUGAGGGCGCUUACCAUCCAGCUAACGAGAGCUGGUACGUGGAGAGUUGUACCCAGCGAUGUCUGUGUCGAGGAGAAGGAGUGAUCGAGUGUCACGAAACUAGCUGUGGCCCUUCAGAGUCCUGUCAGCUGCAAGACGGAGAAUAUGGUUGUCAUCCUCUAGUAACUACCAUUAAACCACCAACUACCACCACCACUAGACCACCACCAACCACUCCCCCAGUGGAAUGUCCCCCCAACUCUGAGUACAUUCAAUGUGGACCAGCAUGCAUCCCAAGCUGCCAGGAACCAUCCAGCAACUGCACCGGGUCUUGCAUCAGCGGCUGCUUCUGUGACCCAGGCUAUGUGUACCGCGGAAAACGCUGCGUGCCCCUUCACGAGUGUGGCUGUUUAGACGAGCAUGACAACUAUUAUGAGUCGGGAGAGAUUGUCUUUGGUGACGGCUGCUCCAAGCUUUGCCGCUGUGCUGGAAACUACACACUCAGCUGUGUGGACAACUCCUGUAUUCCCACAGAGGAGUGUCGAGAGGUCAAUGGCCUGUCCAGCUGCUACCCCAAAGACACGUCCACCUGCACAGUGUCAGGUGACCCGCACUAUACCACGUUUGAUCGACGUUACUACAACUUCAUGGGCAACUGCAGCUACCUGUUGGCCAAGCCAUGCAACACCACCUUGGCCCCACCCUUCGCAGUGUAUGCCGACAACGAGAACCGCUACAAUGUCCUGUCCGUCAGCUACCUGAAAGCUGUGCAUGUACACACCCUGGGAGUUGUCGUGUCGAUCUUGAAGGGUGGAGUGAUACAGGUGAAUGGGACCACGGUAAACCUGCCUGCCAACCCGGCACAGGGACUGUCUGUCUUCCAGCAGGGGACACUCUACACAGUGGUGGCAGAUUUUGGGGUGACUGUGCACUACGAUGGCAACCACUACAUGGACAUCAAAGUUACCAGCGACUACAAGAAUGUUCUUUGUGGUCUGUGUGGUGACUAUAAUGCAAACCCCAAUGACGACUUCCGUACUCCCACUGGUCAACUCGUCACAGAUGCCAACGAGUUUGGCCACAGCUGGAUUUCUGAUCCUAACUGCAACAAGAAACCCAAUGAGACCAUCCCUGAAUGCACAGACAACGAGCUGGAUGUGUUCCAGAGUCCAGCAUAUUGUGGAAUCUUGCUGGACGACAAGGGACCAUUCGCUUUCUGUCACCCAAGGGUCAACCCCAAUAAAUUCUUCAAAGAUUGUCUGUUUGACCUCUGCGCUCUGGGUGGAGCUCAGUCAUCAUUGUGUGAGGCUCUGGAGUCCUACGUCAAGGAGUGCCAGGACCGAGAAGUUGAUGUGGGGCCCUGGAGGAAUAGUACCUUCUGUCCUCUACGCUGCCCCCCCAACAGCCACUAUGAGGUGUGUGUCCCCGUCUGCCCUCCAUCCUGCAUCCCUCCCAGUCCAGAGCAGUGCAACAGCCCAUGCGCAGAGGGAUGCGUUUGCGACCCAGGAUACGUCUACAGCUCAGGGCAGUGUGUCAAACGAGAGACCUGUGGCUGCCAGUACAAUGGGCAGUACUACCAGCCAGGAGAAGAAUUCUACACCGAGGGCUGUCAGUCAAAAUGCAAGUGUGAGGGUGGUGUUGUGACUUGCCCAGAAGGUUCAUGCCCUCCACAACACAUCUGUGAGCUUCAGAACGGACAGCUUGGCUGCUACCCUAUAAGUACAGAGGACUGCAUCAUAUCUGGAGACCCACACUAUACCACCUUUGAUGGAAAAUACUACACUUUCAUGGGAACCUGCCCCUACACCUUGGCCAGGAGUUGCCAGAAUAAGACAGGGCCCUGGUUCACAGUGGAGGCCAAGAAUGAAGAAAGGGGAGUAGCAGGUGUCUCAUACCUGCGCAAAUUGUAUGUGACUGUCAAUGGAGUCACAGUCACACUGAUGAAGAGCAGGAGGACAUUGGUGAACGGACUGCAGGUCUCCCUGCCUCACUCGCCCUCUCCAUUCAUCUCUCUCUCCCUGGCUGGUCAAUAUGUCACCCUGCAGACCACCUUUGGUCUGACUGUGCGCUGGGAUGGAAACCACUAUGCUCAAAUCUCUGUCCCCAGCUCCUACUCUGAGCAAAUGUGUGGUCUCUGUGGAGACUACGAUGGAAACUCCAACAACGACUUCAAAAAGCCAGGUGGUGCAUUAGCUGGUAACUCGGAUGAGUUUGGCAACAGUUGGCAAACAGAAGAGGAUGAAGAUGACAGGUGUGAGUCUGACAACAAACCUGACCCCCCUUGUGACCCCAGCCUGGAAGCAGAGGUUUCCAAACCAGAGAAAUGUGGGAAGCUGAAUGACACUCAGGGACCGUUUAGGGACUGCAUAAAGGUGGUGGACCCCCGGACCUACUUCCUCAGCUGUGUACAUGACAUGUGUCAUUACGACGGACUUCUGCAGACCUUGUGUGACCAGUUGCAGGCAUACACAGAUGCUUGUGUGAGUGCUGGAGCCCCAGUCCACCAGUGGAGGGACCCGGACUUCUGUCCUCUGCCAUGCCCACCCAACAGCCACUACUCCCUGUGUGUGAGCUGUCCGGAGACCUGCGUGGGACCAAAUGUAGGAGGGCCAGGUUGUGUAGAGCGCUGUGUGGAGGGAUGCCAGUGUAAUCCCGGAUUUGUUCUCAGCAACGAUCGCUGUGUCCCUCUCAAAGACUGCGGCUGUGUGGACCCUGAGGGCGCUUACCAUCCAGCUAACGAGAGCUGGUACGUGGAGAGUUGUACCCAGCGAUGUCUGUGUCGAGGAGAAGGAGUGAUCGAGUGUCACGAAACUAGCUGUGGCCCUUCAGAGUCCUGUCAGCUGCAAGACGGAGAAUAUGGUUGUCAUCCUCUAGUGGAAUGUCCCCCCAACUCUGAGUACAUUCAAUGUGGACCAGCAUGCAUCCCAAGCUGCCAGGAACCAUCCAGCAACUGCACCGGGUCUUGCAUCAGCGGCUGCUUCUGUGACCCAGGCUAUGUGUAUCGCGGAAAACGCUGCGUGCCCCUUCACGAGUGUGGCUGUUUAGACGAGCAUGACAACUAUUAUGAGUCGGGAGAGAUUGUCUUUGGUGACGGCUGCUCCAAGCUUUGCCGCUGUGCUGGAAACUACACACUCAGCUGUGUGGACAACUCCUGUAUUCCCACGGAGGAGUGUCGAGAGGUCAAUGGCCUGUCCAGCUGCUACCCCAAAGACACGUCCACCUGCAUAGUGUCAGGUGACCCGCACUAUACCACGUUUGAUCGACGUUACUACAACUUCAUGGGCAACUGCAGCUACCUGUUGGCCAAGCCAUGCAACACCGCCUUGGCCCCACCCUUCGCAGUGUAUGCCGACAACGAGAACCGAUACAACGUCCUGUCCGUCAGCUACCUGAAAGCUGUGCAUGUAAACACCCUGGGAGUUGUCGUGUCGAUCUUGAAGGGUGGAGUGGUGCAGGUGAAUGGGACCACAGUAAACCUGCCUGCCAACCCGGCACAGGGACUGUCUGUCUUCCAGCAGGGGACACUCUACACAGUGGUGGCAGAUUUUGGGGUGACUGUGCACUACGAUGGCAACCACUACAUGGACAUCAAAGUUACCAGCGACUACAAGAAUGUUCUUUGUGGUCUGUGUGGUGACUACAAUGCAAACCCCAAAGAUGACUUCCGUACUCCCACUGGUCAACUCGUCACAGAUGCCAACGAGUUUGGCCACAGCUGGAAUUCUGAUCCUAACUGCUACAAGAAACCCAAUGAGACCAUCCCUGAAUGCACAGACAACGAGCUGGAUGUGUUCCAGAGUCCAGCAUAUUGUGGAAUCUUGCUGGACGACAAGGGACCAUUCGCUUUCUGUCACCCAAGGGUCAACCCCAAUAAAUUCUUCAAAGAUUGUCUGUUUGACCUCUGCGCUAUGGGUGGAGCUCAGUCAUCAUUGUGUGAGGCUCUGGAGUCCUACGUCAAGGAGUGCCAGGACCGAGAAGUUGAUGUGGGGCCCUGGAGGAAUAGUACCUUCUGUCCUCUACGCUGCCCCCCCAACAGCCACUAUGAGGUGUGUGUCCCCGUCUGCCCUCCAUCCUGCAUCCCUCCCAGUCCAGAGCAGUGCAACAGCCCAUGCGCAGAGGGAUGCGUUUGCGACCCAGGAUACGUCUACAGCUCAGGGCAGUGUGUCAAACGAGAGACCUGUGGCUGCCAGUACAAUGGGCAGUACUACCAGCCAGGAGAAGAACUCUACUCCGAGGGCUGUCAGUCAAAAUGCACGUGUGAGGGUGGUGUUGUGACUUGCCCAGAAGGUUCAUGCCCUCCACAACACAUCUGUGAGCUUCAGAACGGACAGCUUGGCUGCUACCCUAUAAGUACAGAGGACUGCAUCAUAUCUGGAGACCCACACUAUACCACCUUUGAUGGAAAAUACUACACUUUCAUGGGAACCUGCACCUACACCUUGGCCAGGAGUUGCCAGAAUAAGACAGGGCCCUGGUUCUCGGUGGAGGCCAAGAAUGAAGAAAGGGGAGUAGCAGGUGUCUCAUACCUGCGCAAAUUGUAUGUGACUGUCAAUGGAGUCACAGUCACACUGAUGAAGAGCAGGAGGACAUUGGUGAACGGACUGCAGGUCUCCCUGCCUCACUCGCCCUCUCCAUUCAUCUCUCUCUCCCUGGUUGGUCAAUAUGUCACCCUGCAGACCACCUUUGGUCUGACUGUGCGCUGGGAUGGAAACCACUAUGCUCAAAUCUCUGUCCCCAGCUCCUACUCUGAGCAAAUGUGUGGUCUCUGUGGAGACUACGAUGGAAACUCCAACAACGACUUCAAAAAGCCAGGUGGUGCAUUAGCUGGUAACUCGGAUGAGUUUGGCAACAGUUGGCAAACAGAAGAGGAUGAAGAUGACAGGUGUGAGUCUGACAACAAACCUGACCCCCCUUGUGACCCCAGCCUGGAAGCAGAGGUUUCCAUUCCAGAGAAAUGUGGGAAGCUGAAUGACACUCAGGGACCGUUUAGGGACUGCAUAAAGGUGGUGGACCCCCGGACCUACUUCCUCAGCUGUGUACAUGACAUGUGUCGUUACGACGGACUUCUGCAGACCUUGUGUGACCAGUUGCAGGCAUACACAGAUGCUUGUGUGAGUGCUGGAGCCCCAGUCCACCAGUGGAGGGACCCGGACUUCUGUCCUCUGCCAUGCCCACCCAACAGCCACUACUCCCUGUGUGUGAGCUGUCCGGAGACCUGCGUGGGACCGAAUGUAGGAGGGCCAGGUUGUGUAGAGCGCUGUGUGGAGGGAUGCCAGUGUAAUCCCGGAUUUGUUCUCAGCAACGAUUGCUGUGUCCCUCUCAAAGACUGCGGCUGUGUGGACCCUGAGGGCGCUUACCAUCCAGCUAACGAGAGCUGGUACGUGGAGAGUUGUACCCAGCGAUGUCUGUGUCGAGGAGAAGGAGUGAUCGAGUGUCACGAAACUAGCUGUGGCCCUUCAGAGUCCUGUCAGCUGCAAGACGGAGAAUAUGGUUGCCAUCCUCUAGAUGAAAGAAUUUGCUCCGUUUCCGGUGACCCUCACUACGUCACGUUUGAUAAGAAAGUGCACCAUUUCCAGGGCUCUUGUUCUUACACUUUAACCCAACCCUGCAAUGCCACAUCUGGACUGCCAUACUUCUCUGUUGACACCCAGAAUGAGCACAGAGGCACUAACAAACACAUUUCCUACGUUCGUGCUGUUGUCGUGAAAACUCAAGGACUAGAGAUUGUUUUGGGCAAAGGACGAAGGACAUUGGUGAAUGGUGUUCGAGUUACACCGCCUGUUUCUUUGCCUGGGGGUGUCAAAGUCUAUCUCGGUGGCACAUUCAUGGUGUUGGAGACCGAUUUUGGGCUGCGGGUGCGAUAUGAUGGGAAUCACCAUGCUGAUGUCACCCUGCCAUCCUCCUACAGGGGACUCCUGUGCGGUCUUUGCGGGAAUUAUAAUGACCAGCCCAGCGAUGACAAUCUGAAGCCAGACGGCAAACCGGAACCAAACACAGACCUGCUGGGAGAAAGUUGGCAGGUCCCUGACAACCGCACUGACUGUUCCCAUGUUGGGGGAGUGGACAAGUGUGGUGAAGAGUCUGAAGCCAAGAAAUCCACCAGCUGUGGCAUGAUCACAGACCCCAAUGGCAUUUUCAAGCCCUGUCACUCAGUGGUGCCCCCUGAUGUGUAUUAUGAGAACUGCAUCUACGACCAGUGUGGUACCAGCGGGGACACUGUGGCCCUCUGCCAGGCCCUCCAGAGCUAUGCAGACCUGUGUGCGCAGGCCGGCGUCCCCAUCUCCUGGAGAAACAACACAUUUUGUCCACUCAAGUGCCCCGUGGGCAGUCAUUACACCCCCUGCGGUACAGCCUGCCCCCCUACCUGCCAGGUCCUUGACUCCAACACGUGUGAUCAGCCAUGUGUGGAGGGGUGUGUAUGUGACACUGGCCUGGUGCUCAGUGGGGACAAGUGUGUCCCCCUGAGCCAGUGUGGCUGCAAAGACAAGGACAACAACUACCAUCCGGUGGGAGAUGCCUGGUUCCCCGUGCCCGACUGUUCGGAGCGCUGCGUGUGUAGAGGCCACAACAGCAUCGCCUGCGACCCGUGGCAGUGCGGCCCGGCGCAGGUGUGCAGCGUACAGGAAGGCCAGCUUGGCUGUCACUCCACAGGGCAGGGUGUGUGCCAUGUGGCAGGUGACCCUCAUUAUUACACCUUUGACGGCGUAAUGCACACCUUCAUGGGCACCUGCACUUACACACUGGUGAAGAUAUGCAACAGCAGCCAGGUGACAGCCUUCACCAUCGUUGCCAAGAACGAGGAGCGGGGCCAGCCUGAAGCCUCCUAUGUGAACUCGGUCACCAUCAGCCUGCCAGCCGGCAACAUCACGCUCAGCAAGGCCAACAGGGUGCUGGUGGAUGGACGUAGAAUCCGCACCCCUUUCGCCGUCACCCAAGGCGGGACCAGGAUUUCAAGCAGCGGUGUCUACAGUGUGCUCAACACAGACUUCGGACUCGUGGUGAAGUUUGAUGGCGUGCACCAUCUGGAGAUAACCAUACCUGGGGAUUACUUUGGCAAGGUAUGCGGCAUGUGUGGGAACUACAAUGAUGACUCCAUGGAUGAUGACCUGAUGCCCAACGGCCGGCCAGCAAAGGAUGUGGUUGAACUGGGAAACAGCUGGAAGGCCGAGGGAGACAGCGACCCUGGCUGCCAGCCAGACGACAGGGAGGACCUGAACCCAAAGUGCACGGAGGCGCAGGAGCUGCAGCUGCGCUCCCUGUGCGCAGACGUGCUGCUCUCCGAGCUCUUCGAGCCCUGCCACGCCCUGCUGGCCCCGAAGCCUUUCCUGGACAACUGCGUGUACGACAUGUGCGAGUAUGACGGCAUGCAGGAGACGCUGUGCGACAACGUGGAGGCCUACGCUCAGGCCUGUCAGAGUCUGGGCAUCACCAUCAGCUGGAGGAACAACACCUUCUGCCCUCUGCCAUGUCCUCCCAACAGCCACUACUCACCCUGCGGCGCCCCCUGUCCCCCCACCUGCGCCGACCUGUUCCCCUCCGACUGCCUGCAGCAGCCCAGUGCCUGUGUGGAGGGCUGUCAGUGCGAUGCCGGUCACGUGCUGAGUGACGGACAGUGCGUACCGCUGUCGAGCUGCGGCUGCGUGGAUCCCGACGGCGAGUACCGCGACGUGGGCGACAGCUGGUUAAAUGAGCACUGUGAUGAGAAAUGCAGCUGCUUGCUGGGCGCCAUUCUUACCUGCAAGCUGUUCAAGUGCAGUGAGCACUCCAUCUGCGCACUGGAUAAAGAUGGCAUCCGCUCCUGCAGGCCGGAGAAGUUCAGCAAGUGCAGUAUUUCAGGCAACCCACACUACCGGACCUUCGAUGGGUUCAACCAUCAUUACCAAGGCCUCUACACCUACAUUUUAACCCAGGCCCACGAUGUAGCCAGCUCGUUGGAGCCCCUGGUGAUCCGGGGGAAGAAUGCACGAAGAGGUAGCAACAGGCGGAUCACCUUUUUGCAUGAGAUGUACAUCGAUGUGUAUGGCGUCAACGUGCGCUUCUUACAGAAGAGGAAGGUGCUGGUGAAUGGAGAGAUGAUCCACCCACCCCUGACGCCCAGACAGGGCCUCAGCAUCACCCUGAGCUCCCGCGGUGUCCAGCUCGCCACAGACUUUGGCCUCACUGUUCGCUUCGAUGGCAACUACCAAGCUGAGGUCGUCCUGCCCAGCACCUACAGGGGUGCAGUGCUGGGGCUGUGUGGGAAUUUUGACGGACGGGCCAACGACGAGUACACGAAGCCGGACGGCACUCAGACCCGCAAUCUCAACGAGUUUGGGGACAGCUGGAGAGUCAGCGACCGGCAGGGCCCCGCCUCCCCCUUGACCAGCCUGGACCAGGCACUGCACCUGCACAGUUGGGAGGUGCAGCCAGAACCUGACGACGGGUUUGACACACUGGGGUGCACUGAGGCUCAACUGAGCGCACUGAACGGCACUGACCAGUGUGGGGCACUCUCGGACCCCAGUGGACCCUUCGUGGCCUGCCAUGACAUCCUCGAACCCAACCAGUUUCAACAGGACUGUAUAUUUGACCUCUGCGCCGAGCAACAAGACCCGCAACUGCGCUGUGACAGCUACAAGGUAUAUGCCGAGGCCUGUCAGGAGGAGGGCGUCAAACUCGGGCCCUGGAGACAGCAGCUGAGCUGUGCCCUGUCUUGCCCGGGAAACAGCACGUAUAGCAGCAGCAUGACGGCCUGCCCAGCGUCCUGCGGCGACCUCUCUGCCCCCUCGGCAUGCGCUGAGCCUUUCGUCACGGAAGGCUGCCAGUGCGCCUCCGGAUUCACCAUGAGCGGCACCGAGUGCGUCCCCUACACCCAGUGCGGCUGCAGAUACCUGGGAAGAUACUUUCUGCUGAACGAGAGUUUUGUGACGGAGGAUUGCACCCAGAGCUGCCGGUGCACGCAGACCGGGGCGGUGUGCCAGCCCAUGAGCUGUCCGAAGCAGUACGUCUGCACCAUCUACGACUUCGUACGCGACUGCUACAAGGCGAGCCCGUGCCUCAACUACCCAUGUCUGAAUGGAGGCAGUUGCACCGCCACCUCUGAGGACACCUUCACCUGCCAGUGUCCCGAGGGCUUUGAGGGUUCGCACUGUGAGAUAGAGAAGGUGGUCAGCGACGGCCUCGAUAAGCUGACAGUGAUUCUGAUUGGAGUUCUGGUUCCUCUCGGGGUGAUAAUCAUCGCCUUGAUAUGCGUUUGUGUGUGCAAGAGCAGCAGGAAAAGGCAGAAGUACGAAAACAAAGAACUUCUAAUGGACAGAACACGAGAUUCUUUCAAUGUAGAUAUGGAUUCUGAGACCACAAGGAAGGUUACUGUAACUAAGUUUUGAAGAAUGGAUUGAGCAUUUCAUAUAAAAAAUAAUUUUAUAUUUACUUCUGUUUAGGGGUGUCAAGGGUUAGAAUAUUCCGGUACCUCAAAGCCAAACCAACAUCAUUCGUAUAUAUUCUAACUUUUCAUCAAUACUGUAAUUGUAUUAUGCCAAUUUGACUUCAUGUUUGCCGUUUUAUUUAUUUAAAACCUCUGUGAUCUGGGCUGAAAGCAAUUCAAUAAAAAUAACUGCACUGUGAAAUU